AUGGCAUCACCGAGGGGAAAUGCUGUGACCACUACCAGCAAACUCGCCAGCGUGGCUGAUAGCUCGUGCUCGAUUGACGUUCACGACGUGUUUGGCCCCACAGUGGCAUACGCUUGUCUCAAUGGCUUCGACUUCACGCUGCUAUUCGAAGAGAGCAUUCUCACUCUUUUGCCUCUUCUCCUUACGGUUCUGAUCCUCGUACCCCGCGCCAUAAUUCUUUGGAAUACUGCUCCCAAAGUCAAUAGAUCAUGGCUUUUUACGCUAAAACUUGUGACAUUCUCUGUCUACAUCACCCUCCAGGUUGCUCUGCUUGCUCUCUGGACACAGCCGAAUACGCCUACGACCAGGCUCACCAUACCACUAAGAGCCAUCAUUAUCGCCAGUUUUAUCUGGUUUCUCUACGUGUCUUACCUAGAGCACGUCCGAUCUGUUCGGCCAUCGACUAUACUAUGUCUCUAUCUCGGCAUAUCUUGCUUGUUGGACAUGGCUUGUGCGCGUACCGUCUUCUUUAUUCCGGGCUACCAUAUCGUGGCGCCCAUUCACCUCGCCAGCUACUUUGUCAAGUUGGUGCUUUUGGCCUUGGAAACAACCGAAAAGCGAAGGCUGCUUAUGCUGCAAUGGAGAAACACAUCGCCAGAAGCUACAGCCUCGUUCUACAGUAGAGUGCUAUUCGUCUGGCUCAAUAAUUUGUUCCUCAAGGGAUAUAAAACGCUUCUGACUGUGGACACUUUGACGCCGCUCGACCAAGAUAUUCUUGAUGCCUCUCGACCUACUAAGCUGGAGGAAAGAUGGGAAAAAGCUGACAAAUCUAGCAAAACCGCUUUGCUUUGGGUCUUUAUUCGGCACUACAAGUGGGAUCUGUGGGCUGGUGUCUUGCCGAGGCUGGCCUAUGUAGGGUUCACUUUUGCUGAACCUUUUUUAGUCAAGAGAGUACUAGAUUUCACGGUGGAACCGGAUGGUCCCAAUACGAGAAAUUUCGGCUACGGUCUAAUUGGAGCAUAUGCUCUUGUCCACAUUGGUAAAGCAUUGUCGCUGGCCUGGUACGAGCAUAUGACAUAUCGUGUCUUGACAAUGUUCCGCGGCAGUUUAAUCACCAUUAUUUUCGGCAAAACUCUUCGCCUCAGCGCUAGUGCUGUUCACGAUGCCGAAGCGAUAACAUUAAUGAGCGCUGAUGUUGACCGUAUUGGUCUCUGUAUGCCAGUUCUGCAUGAUUCAUAUGCCAGUCUCGUGGAGCUUGCCUUGUCCCUAUGGCUUCUCUACAGGCUCCUCGGCAUCGCCUUUCAAAAUGCUAACAUACCACAAGUGUGUCUUUCUGUUGGCAUUCCUAUUGCCUCUGCAGCCGGAAACGCCCAAGUACCAUGGCUUGAGGCUAUUGAAAAACGGUUGGCUGUAACAUCCAAGAUGUUGGGAACAAUGAAGGCGAUAAGGAUGGCUGGUUUGACAAGAACCAUUCACGCAAUUGUUUCGAAUCUCAGAAUCAAAGAAAUCCGGUCCUCACGCGCUUUUCGUCUCUUGUCCGUGCUACAGACUGGCGCCGCAAACUGCACAUUUACUUUUGCUCCCGUCUUAGGUCUUGGGACCUUUACCAUCUUGGCAAAAAUCAAUAAUACAGAGACCUUGACGGAAGGUGUUGCUUUUGCAGUUUUGAGUCUGUUCCAAUUGCAAGACAGGCCUGUCAUGUCCCUGCUGCAUGGCUUCGAGGACUUUCAAACUAUCAUCAAUGCGUUUUAUCGCGUGCAAACCUAUAUCUUGUCCGCUGAGAGAGAAGACUUUAGAAUCAUUCCUGUUCAACAGUCUGGCACGUCUUCUGAUGAAAGCCUGCAAAAAUCCGACUCAAAUGUGCCUGGGAAUGGUAUCCUGAGGGGGGCUGAAAGCCUCGAUACCUCUACUUUCAGUGCCGGCGCUAGUGCUGUUAGCUUGAAGGACGCCGCGGCAGGAUAUUCCGAAACAAUGAUUGUUAAGGACAUAAAUCUAGAAAUUGCUCGCGGCAAGAUAACCAUGAUUGUUGGGCCUGUUGGCUCUGGUAAAUCAACAUUGCUACGGCUAAUCCUGGGUGAAUUGCCCGAAGUCUCUGGUUCUGUUAUCUCUGACUAUUCUAAAUGCGCAUUCGCUCCCCAGUCGCCUUGGAUAACCUGGGGCACGGUGCAAAGCAACAUUUUGGGGAUGUCUGCUUGGGACACAGAGUGGUAUAAUACCGUUAUUCGCGCUUGUUCGCUAGAUACUGACUUUAAAGACUUGCCGGACGGAGACCAAACAAGAACUGGUACGCGAGGCUCGCGUCUAAGUGGCGGCCAGCAAAUGCGUUUGUCAUUGGCUCGUGCAUUAUACUCUAGGAAUCCACUUAUUAUCUUGGAUGAUGUCCUCACAGGACUCGAUCGGCAGACCGAAGCCAGCGUUCUGGAGGCUGUCUUUGGUGCUGGUGGUGUUCUCAAGAAGACCAAAUCAACUAUCGUUCUUGCCACAAAUUCAGUUGGUCAUCUUCGUUUUGCCGACCACAUCGUGGUCCUCAACAAGGAAGGUAGCAUCGCUGAGCAAGGUACUCUUGAGCAAGUUUCCACGUCUGGCGGCUAUGUGCAGCGACUUGCAAGUCUGCCAGCCGUUGAGACGUCGCGGCAGGAGUUGUUGGAGUUGCCAGAAGAAAUCUACCAGGAACUUGGUCUCUCCAAUGAGGAAGACGAGCUGGGGUCUGCCCGCAAAACAAGCGACUUCCAGGUUUAUGCGUAUUACAUCAAAGUUGCUGGCACAUGGACGUUUUCCAUUUAUAUAUUCAUCUGCGCGGCUUACACCUUUGGGCUCAGCUUCCCUUCAAUAUGGCUGCAAUGGUGGACCGACUACAACGCAAAGCAUCCAAAUGAGAACAUUGGAUACUGGCUGGGUAUAUAUUUUGGCCUCGCGGCUCUGGCGGUUGUAGGUUGCAUGGGAUCUGACUGGGCUUUCCGUAUGAUGUUGGUUCCGAAAACUUCACGGAAAUUCCAUCAGCUUUUGCUUGAUACAACCAUGCACGCAACAACGUCAUUUCUCACAUCGACCAACGCUGGAUUAACUACAAAUAGGUUCAGUCAAGACUUACAGCUGAUUGACAGCGAUCUUCCACAAUCUCUUGACGAGACCGUUAUGAAUUUCCUUGGCGUCAUCACCUCGGCCGUACUGGUGUUCACUGGCUCUGGAUACAUUUCUGCUUCCAUUCCCGUUUGUGCAGCCCUCAUCUUCCUUAUUCAGAUGUUUUAUCUACGGACUUCGCGCCAGCUGCGAUUGCUCGAUAUUGAAACCAAAGCACCACUAUUUUCUCACUUCAUUGAGACUCUAGGGGGUAUCACUUGCAUCCGCGCAUAUGGGUGGUCUGCAGAGUACAUGGAUCAGAGCUAUGACGCUCUUGACACCUCGCAGAAGCCAUACUACUUGCUAUGGUGCAUUCAGAGAUGGUUAACCUUGGUUCUGGAUCUGUUGGCAGCUGGUAUUGCUGUGAUGCUGGUUGCGUUUGCAACAAUGGUUCACAACGGAUCAACUGGAUUGCUGGGUGUGGCUCUUUUCAACGUUAUUAGUUUCAGCGGCGUUCUCCAAAGUUUUGUCACACAAUGGACACAAUUGGAGACGGGCCUCGGUGCGAUUGGUCGCAUAAAAGCCUUCGUUCAGGAUACCAAGCCGGAGAAUUCGGAUGGGGAGGUGGACGACUUGCCAGACAAUUGGCCGUCAGCCGGCUCUAUUGUCUUUAACAAUAUUUCAGCCUCGUAUGAGGCAUCCGCUAAGCCUGCCAUAGAUGGAUUCAACUUAACAAUCAAACCGGGAGAAAAGAUUGCCCUGUGCGGACGAACUGGAAGUGGCAAAUCAUCGCUUCUCUUAACGAUUCUUCGCAUGCUUGAGCUGGAUGCAGGCAGCAUCACGAUUGACGGGUACGAUACCAGCAAGAUAUCACGUGAAGAAUUACGACGGCGCCUGAACACAUUGCCCCAGGAACCGUUUUUCCUACACGGAAGUGUGCGAGAGAACGUUGACCCGCUGCAAAUCUCUACUGAUGAGCGCAUCAUCGAAACACUGAGUGCUGUUCAACUUUGGGAUAUGCUAGAGAGCCGCGGCGGGCUGGACGCGCCAGUGAGCGAGGACUCUCUGUCUCAUGGGCAGCGGCAGCUAUUCUGUCUCGCCCGUGCGAUUGCGCGCCCAGGCAACAUUGUCAUUAUCGACGAGGCAACAAGCAGUGUUGAUUCGGAAACAGACGAACUCAUGCAGCGGGUACUGCGGCAGGAGCAUGACGGGCGUACCCUGAUAGCCGUUGCCCACAAGCUACACACCGUGACGGACUUUGAUCGGAUAGUAUUAAUUAACAAGGGAAAGGUGGUUGAAUCUGGAAACCCAGGGGAGCUUCUGGCGAACCCAACGUCGGCAUUCUACAAGCUAUACACGAGUGGAGGCAGCGCUGCCGAGUAA